GAUUGGUUCGGGCAGAUGAGAGUUUUCCGCCACGGCCAGUACGGAGUCAUUUCUCUCUUCCCCAGACCUAAGCUGCUGCUUUUAGUCCUGGGCUUGUUUUGCAAAGACUGUCCCAUUGCCCUGUCUCUUGGGAGAUUUGAGUAAAUCGGGUUGGAUAAUAUCACCGAUUUGUCGGUUCAUAAUGUCUGAGCUUGAAAUGGAGUGUGUGGAGGAGGAGCUGGAGCCAUGGCAGAAGUCCUUCCCGCAGAUAAAUCUGACUGAAGAAGAUGAUGAUGAACCCAUAUUUGUAGGAGUAGUGUCUGAAGACCAAAGGGAGAGAGAUUCUAAACCAAUGAUCAUACAAUGGAAAUCUGAAGAAAAAACAGUUAUUAGACAGUCCAAUCCUCAACCUUCCACUGGUCCGUCAUCAUUGCUGCCUAUCAGUGUAGUAGGACCCCCCUCAGUACCUGCUGUGCCAGCUAUUUCACCGCAGCCCAUUAUUGUCAAUAACCAGGGCUUUAUAGUAACUCCACAAAUUGCAAACAGUAAUUUUGUCACCUCCCUUGGGACUCCUGGCACUUCAUUUACAUUUGUAUCAGCCCAACCACAAGCAUUUCAACAAAUUUCCCCAACUUUGAUACACGGUGUAGUCCAUAGGCCUACAGGCCAACAAAUUAGCAAUAACAUUGUGACGCUGUCAAAUGUCCAGGGUCCAACUGUCAACAGACCCACUCAGAUGCAAGUCAAGCAGGCCAACAGAUCUUUGCCACUAAUGAGAUCUCCAAUGUCAAGCGAUGUUACAGAAAAUGGGUUGUCUAAACAUACAUGCACACACUGCAAAAGUAUCUUUUUCGAUGAAAAUGGACUUAAAAGUCAUAUGAGGAAUUGUAAACCAACAGUUAUUGAUGAAGGUGUAGCACUUGCACUGCAGCAGUUUGGUGAUGGUAAGCGCAUAAUGCUGGUUGGAGAGUUCUACUACGGCAAAUUUGAAGGAGAUGGCUAUACACCAGAGACUGAAAGGGCAGUCACCUUCAAGUGCCAAAGCUGCUUGAAAGUGCUCAAGAAUAACAUUAGGUUUAUGAACCAUAUGAAGCACCACCUGGAGCUAGAAAAGCAAAACAGUGAAAGCUUUGAAAGCCAUACAACCUGUCAUCAUUGCUACAGACAGUACUUGACUCCGUUCCAGCUACAGUGCCACAUUGAGAGUGCUCACAGCUCAAUCGACUCUACAACCAAUUGCAAGAUUUGUGAGUUGGCCUUUGAGUCAGAACAGGUUCUCCUGGACCACAUGAAAAAUAAUCACAAACCAGGGGAAAUGCCUUAUGUAUGCCAGGUGUGCAAUUUUAGGUCAUCCUUCUUCUCAGAUGUGGAAACGCAUUUCAGAGAUGCACAUGCAAAUACAAAGGACCUUCUCUGUCCCUUUUGUCUCAAAGUUGUUAAAAGCGGCCACAUUUAUAUGCAACACUAUAUGAAGCAUCAGAAAAAAGGAAUUUUUCGUUGUGGAAAAUGCAGACUUAAUUUUCUUUCAUUUAAAGAAAAAGUAGAACAUCGUACUCAAGUUCACAAGACAUUUAGAAAGCCAGAAGCUCUGGAAGGUCUUCCUCCUGGAACAAAGGUGACAAUUCGAGCAUCGUUAACUGGAAAACCCUCUCUAACACCGAGCUGGCAUACUCCAUUUGGCUUAAUUGUUACGUCAGAUACGCCACAAACCACCAAACCAACAAAGUCCCCUAAUGUUCAGAAGUCACAGUUGGGAAACUCUGGACCUGGUAAAUCAAAUGCAUCUAAAAAAAAACAAAAACGUGGAACCUCCAAACAUAACUUGGCACUUAAGAAUUUCAGACCGAGUGGAAAACGAUACAUAUGCAUUGAAUGCAAUGGCAGUAUUUUGGACUUCUUUUCACAUUUUCCAAUGUUAUUACAUUGUGGUGCUUGCAAAUACAAGACAAAUUGCAAGAAAUCUAUUGGAAAUCACAUGAUAAGAUUUCACAGUACAAUUAGCAAGAGUCGAUUUUCAAAAGAAAAUGGAAAAUAUUCUUCCUCAUUAAAAUUAACUCUUCUCUGUCUCAAAUGUGAUCUUAUGGAUACAUCUGGUGGAAACCGAAUGACCAAACAUUUAACAAAGAGGCCUAAUCACAGAUGCAAAGUUAUUCAAGACAAAGAUAUCACUACCAAUGAUCAAGAUAUUUUCCAGUCUUCCCAUUGAACAAGCUGAGGACUUGAAAUCAACAAUGACGGAGAUGCCCGACGACCAGGACGAGACUCUUUCUAUCACAGGUGUCACAACUGCUAAUUACACUAACAUUGAUCAGCUACAACCUUCAGUGAAAUCAACCUCGACAGACUGUGAACAGGAAAAUGGACUUUCAGAAAUUAUUACCGAAGAUUCAUAAAAGCCACUUCUUCUAGAGGCAUCCAAUGAAGUACCUGAAGUACUUUCAGAUUAAAGUGAAACAAUGACUUAUUGAGACACUUUUAAGCAGGCAGAUAACAUGAUUAUGAUAGGGGUUUGGUUUGAUGUUACUGUACCUGUUGGUAUUAUUACAUUCAUAUUCAUCAUUACAAUUUUUUAUUUAAGCAAUCACCUUUAUAAUCUUUACAAAAUAUUCAAUUCUUCCAAACAAUUAAUCACUCUUUCUUUGAUUCCUAUUCUAGUUUACAUGUUUUUUAUUGUUGUUUUUAAAUAUAGAUAGAUAUAUAUUUUACAUUUAAUGUUAUCUAUUUCAGUAGCAAUUCAUGUUUAUGUUAACUAUUUAAAUGGUGUACAUUGAAAGCUGUAACUUUAAAAAUGAAGCAUGGUGGAAGUGUUUUCUUACUCCAAUAAACGACUGAAAUGAAUCAUC